GGCGGCGCGGUGGCGGCGGCGGGGAGAGGGCGCGGGCUGAGGGCCGACGGGCGCACCGACCAUGGCCUCCAAGUGUCCCAAGUGCGACAAGACCGUGUACUUCGCUGAGAAGGUGAGCUCUCUGGGCAAGGACUGGCACAAGUUCUGUCUCAAGUGUGAGCGCUGCAGCAAGACCCUGACCCCUGGGGGCCAUGCUGAGCACGACGGGAGGCCAUUCUGCCACAAGCCCUGCUACGCCACGUUGUUCGGACCCAAAGGCGUGAAUAUUGGAGGUGCGGGCUCCUACGUCUAUGAGAAGCCGUCCGCCGAGGGUCCUCAGGUCACCGGCCCCAUCGAGGUCCCCGUGGUCCGGGCUGAGGAGCGCAAGGCGAGCGGCCCCCCCAAGGGGCCCAGCAAAGCUUGCAGCGUCACCACGUUCACGGGGGAGCCCAACAUGUGUCCUCGCUGCAACAAGAGGGUCUACUUUGCCGAGAAGGUGACCUCUCUGGGCAAGGACUGGCACCGCCCGUGCCUGCGCUGUGAGCGCUGCGGGAAGACCCUAACUCCUGGCGGGCACGCGGAGCACGAUGGCCAGCCCUACUGCCACAAGCCCUGCUAUGGGAUACUCUUUGGACCCAAGGGAGUGAAUACUGGCGCGGUGGGCAGCUACAUCUACGACAGAGACCCAGAGGGCAAAGUUCAACCCUAGGGCUGCCACUGGUCCAGGGAGCUGGGCCUCUGCUGGCCCCGCUCCAGAGCCCACUGCUUGGCCCUGGGGGGGAGAGCGACCAGCCGUCCAGCCCCCCCUGCACGUCUGGGGCCCGAGUGUUGUGGGGGAGGAGGCCUGCCUGCCCCUCCCUCUUUCUCUGGGUGUGUCUGCCCAUGACCCUCUUUUAUGUCCACGUGGCUCCACAUGGCCCUGUGUGUCUCCCGGCCCUGGGGGGGUCUAAGGCGGGCAUCCCGCUCCCCCUCCUGCGGCCCCGGCCUGCCUCACAGUGUUACUUCUGCUCCCCGCGCCGUGUCGGCCCAGCCACGCUCUACACGGCGUCCCCAGGGCGGACCCAGGGCUUCCCUGCCAGGAGCCCUCCGCCCAUCACCCUCACUGCCCUGCAGCGCUUGCCUGACACCCUCACACGGCUCAUACUUAACUGCUGAGUCUUGCUGUCAAUAAAGGUUUGAAGAUCGGGGGACCCUGCCUGCCUCA